AUGGAGUUAUUCAAUGUGACUGUUAAUACUAUAAGCCACCUUCUCUGCGAUUCACAAAAGAACAAAUUAUGUGUGUUAUUAUAUGUUGUCCUCAGCUCAUUUAUGCUUAUUACAAUAUGUGGAAAUCUUCUUGUGAUAAUUUCUAUAAUUUACUUUAGAUAUCUCCACACUCCUACUAACUACCUUAUCCUCUCUCUGGCUGUGGCUGAUCUACUAGUUGGUGCUUUAAUAUUUCCUUUGAGCAUGACAGUGACUCUAAAGUCAUGUUUGUAUAGAUUCAGUUUACUAUGCACCUUAAGAAGCGCAAUAGAUGUGAUAAUGGGUGUAUCUUCCUUAUUACAUUUGUGCUGUAUUUCUGUUGAUCGAUAUUAUGCUGUUUGCCACCCUCUGAUAUAUAAAACUAAAAUGACUGAUUGUGUUGCCAUGAAGAUGGGCCUUGGAAGUUGGGCUGGUGCUAUCUUGAUUGGAAUUUUUGCCUUCCUGAUGUUUUUUAUUCCAGGCGAAUGUGACACAGGUUGCAUUUUCACUCUCAUUGCAUCAUCAGUGGUAGCAUAUUAUAUCCCAACAAUAGUUUUAGUUUCCAUGUACAUCAAAAUUCUUGUUGUUGCACUGAGGCAGGCACGCAGCAUCCAUAAUACAACUUCUGAGAACACAAAGUCUAAAGCAGUUUCCAGUAAGGAGAGAAAGGCCACAAAGACAUUAACCAUAGUUAUUGGAAUAUUUUUAAUUUUUUGGGUUCCUCUUUAUGUUAGUUAUUCAUUUGUUCCUCUGGAUAGUUUUAUACUUUAUGAGGUUCUUGAACCAUUUAACUGGUUUGCAAUUUCUAACUCAAUGCUCAAUCCCUUUAUUUAUGCUUUCUUUUACACUUGGUUUAGAAAAGCUUUUAAAAUGAUAAUUUCUGGA